UGUAAUGAUAUGCUAUGUAAGCUAUCAUACAUUAUGUAAAAUAAAAUAUUAUGUAAUGUUAAUAAAUCAAACAAUUAAUAACAGGAAUGAUAGUAAAACAUUUACAUCCGAUUCCAUUCUUUUUUAUUAUCAAAUAACAUAUAUUUUAGUACGAUAUUUACUCAUCGUAAGGAGAUAAUACUUAAGCUAUCAUAUAUAAUUAAAAUAAAUUAUAUAAUCAAUAUUGUAAAAUAAUUAUAAUAAUUUGUAGUCAUUAAUUAUUAGAUUAAGUUGUUAGUAUUAACUAAAUUAAGAUAGCACAUUUACACACGCACACACACAUAUUUCUCCAGUUAUAAGGAGGCCGGCCACUUCCAAUAAACACACAGUGUAUGUAUUGUUCCCGUUGCUUUUGGACAGAUGAUCACAAGCGAGUGUAAAAGACUACGCAGAGAUUCUGACAAAAGCACGGGAACCUAGAAAAGUGCUUUAUAUUUUAAAAAAAAAUUAAUAAAUAAAAAACAAUUGUUACAUUAAAAAUCUUUUUAUUCACUACGGUCACCUUUGUCAAAUUCAACAUAUCAAUUUGCCGCCUGAAGAAGAAAGGUAAUCAAAUUUAUAAUUAAUUUAUACGUGUAAAUCGAUUUUACAUAACUAGGCACUCCCCGCUUUAUUUUCGUAUUACUACAAAGUGGCGCCCAACUAAAAAGCUCGUACCACACCUCCAAAAAAUAUAGCGAACAGAAUAUUAGCUUAAACGUUUUAUAAAAUUAUCAACCAACUAAUAGGUAAUUCAGAAAAAAAAAAAAAAAAAAAAAAANGCAGCAUGCAAUAACACAAAAUUUAUUUUCACAAAAGCUGUUGAGUCAGCCACAGCACACUCAACCAUAAAUUUUAUUAUUCAAAUAAUAUCACAAUGGGGCUGUUUCCGACAAUUUUCAUCUGAUAGAGGUGCACACUUUAGAAAUCAAUUAGUGAGCGAAGUAUGCAGUAACUUGGGAAUAAAACAAAUAUUAUCAACCAGUUACUCCCCACAAACACAAGGAUUUGUUGAAAAAAUAAAUGGUGUAUUAUGCAAUGCUCUAAAAAAUUACUUAGACGUUAAUAACCAAUCAAGAUGGUCAUAUUAUUUACCAUACGUUACGUUAAGUUACAACGCCACACCACAAACUAGCACUAAAUACAGUCCUUUUUACUUAAUGCACGGUUUUGAACCUUAUUUUCCAAUAGACAACAAAAUAAUUCCAACAAACAUCCCUUAUGACAUAAAAAAAUCACUGAUAGAACUAAACAAAUUAAGAGACAAGAUUCCAAAUUUAAUCAAAACCGCUCAAAAUGCACAAAAAAUACAACACGAUAAAAAACACCGCUUAAUCAAAUUUCAACCUGGAGACUCAGUGUUAAUCUUAUUUCCAUUUAAUGAGGUAGGAAAAUCUCAAAAACUUGCUCCCAGAUAUAAAGGCCCUUUCAAAAUAAUAGACAAAAUAAAUGAUUUAAAUUAUAAAGUUGAAUUAACCCUCAACAAUAAAACGACUAAUGACAUAAUUCAUGUCAGAAGAAUGAAACCAUACAUUAAUAGAUAGAAAAAGUAGGCAGAUUAGAAUACGUUUAAAAAAAAAAAAAAAAAAAAAAAAAAAAAAAUAAAAAAAAUAAUAAUAAUAAUAACAAAUAAUACUAUAACAAGAUAUAAUAUAAUAAAAUAUAUAUAUAUACAUAAAAACCGUUUAUCUGAAAGGCCUCCUCACAACAAUAAUUAUAUGGCACCAUACGUUUUAACCAUUUUUACCAUCUUAUUACGCUCAGCUAUCAUAGUAUUAUCGAGUAGGGCACCUAAUAUAACAAAAAAAGAGAUACGUAAUAUACCUUUUUUUUUUUUAUAAUCUUAUAAAUACACGCAAACGCUAAACAAAUAGAAAUGAUCAUACUCUUCCACCCAUCCAAUAUAAUUAUUAUGUACCUACUUAUCAAUAAACUUUUAUUCACAGGUUUUUUCUUUCUCUUCCCUUCCAUAUUAUUACUAUCACAAUUUCCUUAUAUUAUUCAUAACUAUUUGUUCAUUUAUUUAUAUAUAGAUAUAUUUUUUUUUCCUUUUUUUAUUUAUUAUAUAAUACAAAUAAUCAACAUGCUCAAAGACUCUCUGUUUAUAUUCUUUACAUUUUGCACAACUACAAACAAAUGUAUAGCUUAUGAUUGUGGUGGAUCACAAGUCAACAUCACGUCCUUCAACAGCUUAGAAGUGGACGACUGUGACAUACCAACGCCCGUCGAAAUCUAACACAUGCGAAGAAUAAAACUAUUACAGAAAGCAGAAACACACCCCGUAUAUUUUCAAACAUAUUUUAUUUCCAUCAACAUAGAGUGUACUACACACCUCUAGGAAAUAUAAUAUUCUCCUCAAAAAUUGAAACCAGCUACCACACUAUCCUGGUCUUACGAAAAUGCAGAUAAUUUCAUGAUGGUCGGAAUUUACAUUCCGGAAAUAUUCAAUGCACUACUAAAACACCUCAUGUACCCGCAUCAAACUGAAACGGCCUAGAAAAAUCUAAUAAGACAGACAAUUGGUCAUGAAAUAAUAAAUCAAGGAUUUGAUACUAGGAAUAUUAUAAGCCAACAAACAAUAAGUAAUAUGGUCCAUUCUGAAUUACAAAAAUUUGGGAUAGGACAUGUCGCAUUCAGCCUCUUAGGAAUCUUUGUGAUAGCAAAUGACUAUCAACACCAUACUGAAGAUAUCCAUCCUUUACAACACAUUUGGUUGGAGCAUUAAAUCAAUAGCGGGCAUUUUCUAAAACAUAACGCAUUAUCUAAUGCACAAGAAGAACUCGAACAGAUGCGGGGCUGUUUCUACUACUAUGACCAACAAGACAACGGAAGAAAAACACCCUACUCCACAAUUAUAUCCAGAUCUUCGAGGAACUUCAAUAUAAAAUAAGUAUCCACCACACAUCACAUGCAUACGGACCCCCCUUUUAUAUUAUAUUCAUUUUACUCUCUCCCCUUAUUAAUACUACAAUUUAAUAUUAUACAUUGAUUUCUUUAUAAAUAAUACGCAUUGUUAUGAGGGCAUAACAAAAAAGAGACUGGGGUGGAUGUAAUGAUAUGCUAUGUAAGCUAUCAUACAUUAUGUAAAAUAAAAUAUUAUGUAAUGUUAANAUAAUAAUUUGUAGUCAUUAAUUAUUAGAUUAAGUUGUUAGUAUUAACUAAAUUAAGAUAGCACAUUUACACACGCACACACACAUAUUUCUCCAGUUAUAAGGAGGCCGGCCACUUCCAAUAAACACACAGUGUAUGUAUUGUUCCCGUUGCUUUUGGACAGAUGAUCACAAGCGAGUGUAAAAGACUACGCAGAGAUUCUGACAAAAGCACGGGAACCUAGAAAAGUGCUUUAUAUUUUAAAAAAAAAUUAAUAAAUAAAAAACAAUUGUUACAUUAAAAAUCUUUUUAUUCACUACGGUCACCUUUGUCAAAUUCAACAUAUCAAUUUGCCGCCUGAAGAAGAAAGGUA